GGCCUAGCGUCAUCUCUAAAAUCAGCCUGCGAGGGAACUGUAUCACUACGCCUUCCCUCUCUGCCCCGAUGAGUCUGUGGGAGGAUAAGCGGCUGGGGCUCUAUAGCAGGGCGUACGUGUUUGGCGACCCGGUAUCUCCCCCGGUGCUUAGAACAGGGCUCGGCACAUGGCUCCUCGUGCUGGCCUUGCUGCCGGGGCUGCCGCCGACCGGGGCCCAGUGCCGCCCCGCCGCCGCCGCCGCCUGCUCGGCCCACCAGUGGGUCCCGGGGUCGGGCCGGGCCGGGCAGGGGCUGGACGUGACGACGCUGAGCCGCUCCCGGCGCCUUCCCGCUGCCGUGGCCGAGUGGCGGCUGCACGGCGCCUGCGCGCGGGGAGAGGUGGCGAGCCGCGUGGCCUGGACCGUCAGGCAGGUGGCCGAGGCGGUGGCGGGAGCGGAGCUGGACAACGACUGGGCGGCGGAGCUGGGGAGCCGCCGCGCCACCGGUCCUCUGGGCGCCGGGGCCGGCCUCCGCUCCGCCGCCGCCGAGUUCGCCGCCGGCCGGGCCCGGGAGGACUCCUACGGCUUCGUCCUGCACGAGAUCGUCUGUCCCGUGUACAGGAGGGUGCCCGGGUCUCCGGUGGAGGCCCUGGAGGCCGCGAGGCCGGUGGGCGCCCGGGUGUCCGGGUGCGCCCGGGGUCGGGGAGCGGGGGCCGGCCAGCUCCACGAGUCCUCCGGUCCGCUCUUCCUUCUCAGCUUCCACCUGGAGCGCGGCGCAGGGCCGUCCCCGGCUCUGUCCCAGGCGCUCUCCUCGCUCCCCCCGCAGUACAACCUCACCAGCCGGGGCGGCUACCGAUCCCUGAUCCAGACGUUCGGGACCCACUACGCCACGUCCGUGCGGCUGGGCGGCCGCGUGCGGCUCGUCACGGCCCUGCGCCUCUGCCUGGCCACGUUGGACGGGGUCUCGCCCGAGGCCCUCCGCGCCUGCCUCUCCGAGGAGGCCCGGGAGGGCUGGCUGCAGGCCCAAGGCGCCGGCAACUCCUCGUGCCGGGCCUUGCCCCUCGGCGGGUUCCGGGGCCCCUUCUACGGGGCCUAUCACGAGAGCCACGAGGAGGCCGUCGGGGGCAGCCAGCGGGGCGUGGACGGGCUCCUCGUCCCCCCCGUGGCUAACGACACGGACUUCGCCGCCUGGAUGAAGAGCCUGCACUCGGUGCCGGGCGUGAUCUCCUCCACCGUGGCCCCCCUGCACACCCUGCUGGACCCCCGGGACCCCCAACGGGAGGCCCUGCGGCUGGCCGUGACGGACUACGUGGCCGAAGAAUCACUGGACCCGGGGUGCCCCGGGGGCUGCCCGGGCGGGGGCGCGUGGAGCCCCCGGGAGCCCUGCGUCUGCCGCUGCCCGGGGACGGAGUCCACGGACGCCCGGUGCUGCUCCCGACGCCGGGGGACGGCCCGGCUGAGGGUGACCGUGGUCCGAGCCCACGGGCUGCGGGGGGACGUCUUCAGCGCCACCGACGCCUUUGUGCUGGUGGCCUUCGGCGACGAGGUGCGGCGCACGGCCACGUUCCUGGACCGCGACUCCCCGGCGUGGCACCACGCCUUCGACUUCGGCCACGUGACGCUCGGCCCCCGCGGCGCCCGGCUGAGGGUGGAGGUCUGGGAUCGGGACUUCUUCUCCGCCGACGACCUGCUGGGAAGCUGCAGCCACGAGCUGGACGCGGAGGGGAGCCACGAGGCCAGCUGUCCCCUGCCCCGGGGCCGGCUGGAGUACCGCUACUCGCUGGUUUGCGGCCCGCACCUGGGGGACCCGUGGUGCUCCGCCUACGUGGGCCGGGGGCGGUGUCUGCGCCCGGGAAUCCGGGACCUGGGAACCGGGAGCUCGGUGGACAGCAAAUAG